AGAGGGGUCUGGGGUUCCUAGGUGAACCCCAGCAGCCUAACCCUGUCAAGCCUGUCGAGCCUCUGGCUGGUCACACGUGCUGCGGAAUCCACUCAGCUUUCCUCAGGUGCAGUCAGGUCCAUCCUGCAGAGGGACCUUCUGCGGACCUGUUGUUUCACCUCCCUAACCUGAAGAUUGUAUUCAAACCACCGUGGAUCGCUCACAUAAAAUGGUCACUGCGCCUAACACCUGGGAUCCCGUAACCCUUAUCUAUCUUGGCUUCAGAGCGUUUUUUGACUAGUUCCAACUUUGCUGAAGCUUGUCAAAGGGAUGAGUCAUGUGGUGGUGAAAAAUGACCCUGAACUGGACCAGCAGCUUGCUAAUCUGGACCUGAACUCUGAAAAACAGAGUGGAGGAGCAAGUAGAGCGAGCAAAGGGCGCUAUAUACCUCCUCACUUAAGGAACAGAGAAGCAUCUAAAGAAUAACUGGAGAAUUUCUUUUAUCACCGGUAUUCUUAGUAUUGCAUCUGGCUGGAAUUGCAUCAAAGGUUUAUUAACUGCCUUAAGGAGAGAUGGCAAUAUUUUAGUAUUUGAGGGGAUGGAAGAGAUCUUAAACAUCUAACUUCCUAAAUCUGGGAAGUACAAUCGAUUUAGUACAAUAGAUCUAGAUUGAGGAAGUACAAUUAUUCAUUUGUCUAAUAUUGGAGAUUUAAAAGCAGGGGAAAAUAUAACUUUAUUAACUUGUAACUUUAAACAUUCAUUGAAAUGUUUGAAUUUAGGUAAGUGUGUGGUUGUGGAGUGAGUUUACUCUUGUCAUUUUUUUUUUUUAUCAGUUUGUAGACAUGGAAAGUAGGCAACAAUGAGGGUUUUUUUUUUUUUUUUUAACACAAGUAUACGUUAUUCUUAACGAGCAUAUUAAGAUUACAUAGUUACUUUUGGACUUUUAGAAUUUGAGGCUAUUUUAGAGGUCUGGUAGAGCAAAGUAGACAACAUGGAAAUUCCUUGUUUUGUAUUGACUACUUCCAUUUAGCUGAUCUGUUUCUUUUUGGUGUUACUAGACAAAGCUAGAUUUUAAAAGAUGAAUUAAGAUGCUCAGCUAACUAGUCCUGUUUAUACUAUUGUUGAUAGAUAGCAAAUUGACUUCUCCAGGUUCUUCAUUGAAUGAGUCCUUGUUUACUAUGAUGCUUGCUACAUACAGUUGCUACAUACUACUAUACUAUGUAUGAGUAGUUUUUGGUCAUAAACUGCAUAGAGUUGGAGCUUUUUUUUUUUUUUUUUUUUGAGACGGAGUCUUGCUGUGUUGUCCAGGCUGGAGUACAGUGGCGCGAUCUCAGCUCACUGCAAGCUCCACCUCUUGGGUUCAUGCCAUUCUCCUGGUCAGGCUCCUGAGUAGCUGGGACUACACGUGCCCGCCACCAUGCCCGGCUAAUUUUUUUGUAUUUUUAGUAGAGACGGGGUUUCACCAUGUUAGCCAGGAUGGUCUUGAUCUCCUGACCUUGUGAUUUGCCUGCCUUAGCCUCCCAAAGUGCUGGGAUUACAGGUGUGAGCCAUCCCUGUUUUAAUCCAUCUGACAUAUUUCUUCUGAUUAUGUAGGUCUCUUAGUUCAAGCUUUUCUGUAGGUAACCCACAGUCCCUGAGGUAAUCUUUUACUUAGCUGGGCCUUCCCAAAAUGUGUAUUAUAUAUAGCAUAUGUUAAAUGUUUAGGUUUAACACCUUUUGUAUUAUUCAAGAUUUGUCAAGGAUGGGACAUAACUAAGAAACUAACAAUGGGCUUGCACUAGCUACAAGUUCAGCUUAAAAAUUGGGAACUUGGAAUCCCUCUUAAUCAGUCAUAGCUUAAAAAAAGACUCAUCUUAAAUAAUUUAAUUGGAGUAGGUUUAUAUUUCGGAUAUUUGACAUUUACACUUAAAAAUGAAAGAAAAAAAUUGUUAUGAUAGUAUAGUAUUAAUAGCAUAGCUAUGUGACAUGCAAGCUACCUUGUUCUCAGGUCAUGAGAUUACUUUGCUUCAUAUAAUAAUCUCUGGUGGAAGAAAACAUUAAAGCUUUUAACAGUUCUGCUUAUGGGACUUGUAGACCUUUGGUCCCACAAAGAUAACAUAAAGUAAGACUGCAUGUGAAGGACUUCAUAUUUUGAAAGAUGCAAAUUAUGUAAAAGUCUUGUCACCUUCUGAUUUUUGCUUUUUUAUUGAAGGAUUCCAUGAUAAAGACAGUUCAGGUUGGAGUUGCAGCAAAGAUAAGGAUGCAUAUAACAGUUUUGGGUCUCGAGAUUCUAGAGGAAAGCCUGGUUAUUUCAGUGAACGUGGAAGUGGAUCAAGGGGAAGAUUUGAUGAUCGUGGACGGAGUGACUAUGAUGGUAUUGGCAAUCGUGACAGACCUGGCUUUGGCAGAUUUGAACGGAAUGGACAUAGUCGUUGGUGUGACAAGUCAGAUGAAGAUGAUUGGUCAAAACCACUUCCACCAAGUGAACGCUUGGAGCAAGAACUGUUUUCUGGAGGAAACACGGGGAUUAACUUUGAGAAAUAUGAUGAUAUACCAGUAGAGGCAACCGGCAGUAACUGUCCUCCACAUAUUGAGAAUUUUGGCGAUAUUGACAUGGGAGAAAUUAUCAUGGGGAACAUUCAACUUACUCGCUAUACUCGUCCUACUCCAGUGCAAAAACAUGCCAUUCCUAUUAUUAAGGGAAAAAGAGACUUAAUGGCUUGUGCCCAAACAGGAUCUGGGAAAACUGCGGCAUUUCUUUUACCCAUACUGAGUCAGAUAUAUACAGAUGGUCCAGGAGAAGCUUUGAAGGCUGUGAAGGAAAAUGGAAGGUACGGGCGCCGCAAACAAUAUCCAAUAUCCUUGGUUUUAGCCCCAACAAGAGAAUUGGCUGUACAGAUCUAUGAGGAAGCCAGAAAAUUUUCCUACCGAUCUAGAGUUCGUCCUUGUGUAGUUUAUGGUGGUGCUGAUAUUGGUCAGCAGAUUCGGGACUUAGAACGUGGAUGCCACUUGUUAGUAGCCACUCCAGGACGUCUAGUGGAUAUGAUGGAAAGAGGAAAGAUUGGAUUAGACUUCUGCAAGUACUUAGUGUUGGAUGAAGCUGAUAGGAUGCUGGAUAUGGGAUUUGAACCUCAGAUACGUCGUAUAGUUGAACAAGAUACUAUGCCACCAAAGGGCGUUCGUCACACCAUGAUGUUUAGUGCUACUUUUCCUAAGGAAAUACAGAUGCUUGCUCGUGACUUUUUGGAUGAAUAUAUCUUUUUGGCUGUAGGCAGAGUAGGCUCUACCUCUGAGAACAUCACACAGAAAGUAGUUUGGGUGGAAGACUUAGAUAAACGGUCAUUUCUACUGGACAUUUUAGGUGCAGCAGGGACGGAUUCACUUACUUUAGUGUUUGUGGAGACCAAAAAGGGAGCAGAUUCCCUGGAGGAUUUCUUAUACCAUGAAGGAUAUGCUUGUACUAGUAUUCAUGGAGACCGGUCACAGAGAGAUCGAGAGGAGGCCCUUCACCAGUUUCGCUCAGGAAAAAGCCCAAUUCUAGUGGCUACAGCUGUGGCAGCACGAGGACUAGACAUUUCAAAUGUGAGACAUGUUAUCAAUUUUGAUUUGCCAAGUGAUAUUGAAGAAUAUGUGCAUCGUAUUGGCCGUACAGGACGUGUAGGAAACCUGGGCCUUGCCACCUCAUUCUUUAAUGAAAAAAAUAUCAAUAUUACAAAGGAUUUGUUGGAUCUUCUUGUAGAAGCUAAACAAGAAGUGCCUUCUUGGUUGGAAAAUAUGGCUUAUGAACACCAAUACAAGGGUGGCAGUCGUGGACGAUCUAAAAGUAAUAGAUUCAGUGGAGGAUUUGGUGCCAGAGACUAUCGACAAAGUAGUGGUUCCAGCAGUUCUGGCUUUGGUGCUAGUCGUGGAAGCAGCAGCCGCAGUGGUGGAGGUGGUUACGGCAACAGCAGAGGAUUUGGUGGAGGUGGCUAUGGAGGCUUCUACAAUAGUGAUGGAUAUGGAGGAAAUUAUAACUCCCAGGGGGUUGACUGGUGGGGCAACUGAAUCUGCUUUGCAGCAAAGUCACCCUUACCUUUAAGAAGCUAAUAUGGAAACCACAUGUAACUUAGCCAGACUAUAUUGUGUAGCUUCAAGAACUUGCAGUACAUUACCAGCUGUGAUUCUCCUGAUAAUUCAAGGGAGCUCAAAGUCACAAGAAGAAAAAUGAAAGGAAAAAACAGCAGCCCUAUUCAGAAAUUGGUUUGAAGAUGUAAUUGCUGUAGUUUGGAUUAAACUCUUCCCCUCCUGCUUUAGUGCCACCCCAAACUGCAUUUAUAAUUUUGUGACUGAGGAUCGUUUGUUUGUUAACGUACUGUGACUUUAACUUUAGACAACUUAACUACUUUGAUGUCCUGUUGGCUCAGUAAUGCUCAUGAUACCAAUUGUUUUGACAAAAUAAAUUUACUAAACUUGGCCUAAAAUCAAACCUUGGCACAGAGGUAUGAUACAACUUUAACAGGAGUCAUCAAUUCAUCCAUAAAUAUAAAAAGGAAAAAAAACUUCAGGCAGUAGUCUGCAUUAGGACUGUUUGAGUUUUGCAGACUUGGGGUUGGGAGAACAUCUUAAAGCAUUAAAGCAUAGUUUUUUGUAUGGCCAACCUUACUAAAUUAAGUUCUGACUUGCUCACUCUAUCCUGGAUAGGCACUUGGAAACUUACACUCUUUAAGCCAUUCCAGUCAUGAUGAGGUGGAAUGUAUCAAUAUACCAAUUAAUAUUUUUGAAAGAGCUCUUCUAGGUUAAUUUAAGUAAGUACAGCAAUUUCUCAUUUAAUGUUGAGGGAGUUUAUUCUAACCUAGGCAAACGGCAUGCUAUCACAAGAAAGGUUUAAAGCUUUGAUAAAAUGGGGGAGAUUUAAUCAGUUUUUUUAAUGCCUGCUAUAAAAAUUUGAAAUAUUAGAAUGGCCGACCAUGGCAGUGACCAGGCCUCACUACAGGCCUGGUUGGAUUCUGGUCUUUAAUGCAUGCUAGUGUUGAUGUUUUUUGGUCAAGAAUGGUUUAAACAGGAAGGAUUAUGCAGCAGGCUUUAAUUUAAUGUAGAUUCAUACUGCUCUGUUAAAGCUGCGUUGAAAUGUUAAAAUGGCUUACACUUGCAGACUUUGCAAAUCUUAAGACUAACAAAUCCUUGAAAUCACACAGGUUGCAAAUACGUACUAAACUGCACAAGGUGUGUGUUCUAUAUGUGCAGUUUUAGCGUAUUUUAGUUGCAUAGGUUUCCAUGGUAUUUAUAGUCUCUUGUGCUAAAUUUGGCCAAAGAUGAUUGUCCACCACUAAAAAUGCCUCUCCCACUUGGAAUUCUGUACUGAUUUUGUGGCCAGAUGCAAUGAUCUUUAAAAACAAAUCUUUUCAAUGGCAUAAGAAGUUGACAAAAAUUAAAGUGCAAUAGAUUUUCAAGUGUAUUGUGCCUUGUUCUAAAACUUUUAAGUAGGUGCACUUGACAGUAUUGAGGUCAUUUGUUAAGGUGCUAUUUCAAUUAGUGUAGGUUUAGACUCUUGUACAUUUCUCCCAUAACUUUUUACAAAGUAUUUUAUUGCACAUGCAGAGAAUUAUAUAUAUAUAUGUCUUGUGUGGGUGUCCUCGACCUUCCAAUCUUAUUUUGUCUCUUGGAGAUUGUUGAAUGCAGCCAGUGAAGAAGUAGAUUCCUAAAUUUUAUUGGGGACCAUGGUAUGGUAGUUGAGAAGAAAACUAUUUGCACACAACAGAUUUUAGAUACUUUUUGCUGCUAGUUGUGUAAUAUUUAUUGAACAUUUUGACAAAUAUUUAUUUUUGUAAGCCUAAAAAUGAUUCUUUGAAAGUUUAAAGAAACUUGACCAAAAGGCAGUACAAAAAACACUGGCACUUGAAUGUUGAAUGUCACUGUAUGUGAAAUAAUAUAUUUCGGGGUAGUGUGAGCUUUUAAUGUUAACUCUGUUAAACUUGAGUCAAAUUAAGCAGACCCGGCAUUGGCAAUGUAGCUGUAAUUUUCUGACAGAAUUUAAGACAAAAUUGUCAACUUGAAACUAAAACAUGCCAAUGAUAUGCUUGUCUUAAGAUAUUAAUGAAACACUUCUGAACACUGAUAGGAAGUGUCCACAUCCACAAAGUUUCUCUUGAGUUUUGUUAUGUGUUUUGUUUUGUUUGAUUUUCAGUGAUUGUCUGGUAUAUUUACAGUCCUCAAACGUGGUUAUUUCUGUCAGUGACUUAACAUUCGGUUUUAUCAGCCAGCAGUAUUCUUCAGUAAAUAAAGAAUGGAAUUGCUGAAUGUAAUCAUUGAACCUCGAGUCACUGUAAAAGUUUAGUAAUUGCUUAUUGUAUUAGUUUUAGAUGCUGGCACUGCAUGUCCUCUGUUUAUUCUGAUUUUACUGAAAUAAAAAGUUCAAAAGUC